AUGUGGAGAUCCCAUCCGGAUGGAUCGGCCAGAAUGGCUAGAAGAUAUCACAAUCGAUCCAUCCGAAUAGCCCAAAGCGAACGCAGUUCCGUCAGGGGAGACGCAGAACGUGGUGACCUUUUUAGACUAGGGAAACAGUUAGCUAAUGGGUUUGCUAAUAACAACGAAUGGAAGGACGGUGGCUCGAUACAGAUGAUCGCCCUUGGGGUGACUAGAUCUGAAUUGGGCUCGGGGGGUGAAUCUACUCUUAAACAACCCAUGAGCAAAAGACGCCUGGAGCUAUUUUAUAGGAAGAAUUCAAGAGAUUAUCAGCUAUAUGGGCGUUUUGGUCAACACCACGCUGCGCCAGCGCACCCAGCUUUCUCGACUACCGAUUUGACUCGCAGGACGAGGAUGUGGGAGGGCGGGUGA